UAUCUGCAGCACUGACCAUGCUCCAGACUCAAGUCUCCAGUCAAACCUGAGUGUAACAAACCGCCUGAGAAUCCAUUCCGAGCCCGAGCCCGACACACUGCGCUGCUCUUUCCCCUCGAAACGUCCAGGAUGACUGUGAUGUGCUUGCGUUCCAAACGCAUGGUGGAGUCGUUGCCAUUCAUAGAGCGGUGCCGCUAUUUCUACCCCAUUGCAUUCGUCAACUCUUCUGGCACCGUGGCGUGAUACCUUGCCGAAUCAACGAUUGAUCCGCUCGACGCCAAGCCGCGAGCCGGUCGUCUUGUGCACAUGGGUGAGGUACCGGGUGGCCAGACCCGUCGCUAGUAGAUCUACCAGUGCUGCAACCAACCUCAGGUUGCCCUACAGCUGUGCCGGAAUAGUUCAGCUUAUUUAGACUCCCGUGUUUCAGUUAGGAGGGGCGCCUCGGACGGGCUCCAGGGCACAGUCAGUCGGGGUAGCACAGGCGAAGAUGCCGGACGACCGUAGCAAAUCCGACGGCGUGAGCGUCAAUGUUGCUGUGUUGGGCCUGCCCAGUCAUUCACUUCUCAAAGAGCAGUACGACGCGGCACGUCGCUCUUCCGGCAGAAAACACGCCGGUGCGGAGUUGACCAGCACUCCACGCCCCAUCGCCUCGGACAUUCGAGAGCGCUGCAAGCGUCUGGGCGUGGGCAAAUCGUCACUGUGCUCACGAUUCAUUCUGGAAAAACUGGAUGACUACCAUCAACUCAGAGACCAGUUGACGUCGGUCGUCACAAGAUCGCAAUUUGAGACGCCGACAAUCAACGGUGACCAUUUCCUGUACUUCGGUUCUACGAAACGACAGUUCUGCAUGGGGCGGCCAGGUAGCAACCACCGGGCCAGCCAUACCGCACACUUUCAGAUCGUCGAGCAGACUACGUUCAUCGACCCUACUACGGCCACAGGCACGAAUCCUCCGCUGCCAUUUCCCGGAUGCUCGCGCUACGUGGAUUCGGCACUGAACCAAGUGAUCUCGACCAAUGGCUCUGCAACGAAGACGAGCUGUGUUGGAAGGCCGCAGAGCUCGAUAGACAGCAUGAACAAAGCGUUCUCACUUCCAUCUAGGCCAGGUGCAUCUUCUCAUUAUUACAUGCAACCAGUUCUGUCGUCACCUCUUCAACAGUCACCAGUGGCUGGCUCAGCAACGCUGCAUUGUAGCCCACUGCGAUCUCCAAAAUCACCGCAGACUUUGAUGCCGCAGCCAACUCCACCAUCACAGCAGGCUCUGAAGCCAUACACACACCCAAAGCCAGUGAAGACACUGCCAGCGAAGCCUGCGCUUUCCCCCAAACCUGCAGUACUUCCGAAACCUGCGCUGUCGAAACCAACUCCGCCUGCACUACCGCCGAAGCCAACUCAGCCUGCGCUACCCGCGAAGCCUGCGCUACCCGCGAAGCCUGCGCUACCAGCGAAGCCUGCGCUACCAGCGAAGCCACACCAGCCUCCCGAACCUCCUCGGUGCCCACGUCCCCAAUUGCAGUCACAGGCAAACGGAUCGCCUAAAUUGCCUGAAAAGCCAGGUGCCUAUCCGCGCGGUCAGGAAGUGCUCCCCCAGGACUUCCAUGUAGAUGGUUUCGUCCUGGUACUAGAUAUGUCUAGGUCAGAGAAGGAAAUGGAAUUGCAGCAAGAUCUAUUGGCAGCAACAGUCAAGCAACUCGCCAAACAAAGCAAGCCCAAACCAGUGGUGAUAGCUGUGACGAAAUCGGAAACCCUGAGCCCUCAGCGACAGAGAGAAGUCAAGACCUACUGGAAGGCUAUCUCGCCCGGAAAGCGUCGGAUACCGCUCUUCUUCUGCUCAGCGGAGCAGGGCAUUGUGGACGAUCCGUUUCUCUACCUGUCUACACUGGUCAUCAGGAGGUCACUAGGCUGGAAGGCGAACAGUAUGCCUCAGCCGCAGCUAAUCCUGUACACGCAUCACGAACGCCUGCUGGUCGCCAGACUGCAACGGGCCGUGAUAGCACUGCAGUCGCUCGUCAUGCACUUCAGCGGCGUGCGCAACUGGAGCCAAGUGUCACUGGAUCGGCUGCAGAAAGAGCAUGGCAGCCAGGCACUGGAGACUGCCCUGGCAAUGCUGGGUGAGAGCAACUGCCGCUCCAUCCUGCAGAACAGCGCUGACAAGAUCCACGGCGUAGCAUCCGAUGCCGGAACACGAGCAAGGAAUGCUGCCACUUUGAAGAGGCAACAUGCUAUUCGUGUCAACCACCCAUGCCCCAAAUCACCCAUGUCCAAAUCAGCUACGAUCUCUUCAAAUGGAAAAUCAGACUCCUUUGACCAAACCAGCUCGGAGGAUAAGCAGCCUUCCUCUCCCACCAAAUUGCAGUACACUGACAGAAGGAGGAAACGAUCUGCGUCAAUGCCCAGCGUAGUCGUCGAAGCACACGUAAAACGCUGGCUAGCCAGUCCCAGCCUCCACCAUGUGAAUCAGCCACAUAUCAGCAGUGAACAGCAGACGCAUGAGCCUGCUGAUGGGCUCGAUGCCAACGCAGAUAACGACCAAUACCUUCUAGGCACUGAUGAUGAAGAAGACUAUGUCGAGAGUCGGGCAUCUGCUAAACGUUGCCAUCAGGAUAGGAUGGAAAUGCCACGUGAUUGCAGUGGCAGUGGUGCAUCCAACGGCCGUGCCAAUGCCAAGCCGCAAGACCUCAACCGCAACAAUGCCAUGUCAACUGGGCAUGAUAACACAAAUAGCACACACCAAGAGCCGCCAGUAACCAGCACGCCUGUUCUGACCUUGAUCCAAACACACAAUGGGAACUGUAGCCACGGCCCGCACACUUCUAUGUCAUCAAAACACCCUGAGCAGCAUGGCGUGUUGAACAAGAACGGGUGUGCAGAGAUGCCACAGUCAAACACAGAGCACAGUGAUGGUGAUACAACUGACUACUCCACUGUUUCAGACGACAGCAGUGACAGCGAACCUCCGGCACGUUUCGCCCUUCAGAGGAAGCGGAUAUCCUCAUCAGGGCACGGGGGUAGUGAAACUGAGUCACCGUACGUCAUGACCAUGGUGAGACGGAUGAUCAAGAGCAUAUAUCAGUCGGACGGCGAGGAAGACAAAGAAGAGGAUGGCAACAGCAGUGACUACGACGAUGACAUCAAGAGCUGGACGUUGCCGGCACGUCGUAAGGCGAGUGAAUCAGACUCGGCAGAAGAAAAUGUGUUUAAUGACUCUGGCAGUGCGACAGAUAGAGAUGACCCGGACUACAUCGAAUCUUGGGAAAUCGGUGCACCGGCUGCAUCCACUCCACCAUUGCUACCAAGGAGGAGAACAUCUACAGGAACUUCCGUACGACUUCCCACUGUUCCCACUCAUCGGUCUAUCCACAACAAAGGCCGUGGUAAGAAGCAAUCAUCCGGGGAAAGGUUAAGGAGCAAGAGGUCAGCACGGCCGCAGUACUUACCGAGAGUGCCAGGCAAGCAGCUUGGAGGCAAUCUACCACGGCGUCUGCACAUCUCCCCCGUUUCUCCUAGAACACGCAAGCGCCAGGGUUACAUCACGCUGGAACAGCCAGACGGCCAUGCCGAUAGCCCACUGAGCGUAGUGGACAUUAGCAGCAGCAAGGACUAUCCGGACACUAGCACUGACAGCAACCAGCGUCCCCUGCAUCAAACUACUGACGCUUUUGAGGAGCGUUCAGUUGCCUCAGUGGACAGCGGCAUCACAUCACUGCCUGGCGAGAGAGAUUACGAAGACAGCGAUAGGACAUCAACACACACCAUGUCAUCACAGUCAUCCGUGUCCAGUGCAGAGCGCAGUGGCAGUCAAAGAAUAUCCAAAAAGCCCAGCUUGGAAACCCGACAAGAGGAGAAGGAACAGGAAGAUGCGGACGAACACGAUUACAUUUUUCUAUGCUGCUCAGAACCCCAGGAAGUACCUACUACAACGAGCCGGAAGGAGACGGAGAAUGGCCACCAGUCCCUGAACAUGGACAAAACGCGUUCUUCAUCGAGUGCAUGCGAAAGAAUGGAGAUAGAGAAUAACCGUGAGCACUUGGUUCCAAAACCCAGUGAAUCCAUACCCCUGGAUCUAGCCACUGACCAUCAAACAACUGCAACUAUCCAGGCGAGAAAUGAGUCCGUGGAUUCCAAUAUUGAACCUAACCACAUGGCAUUACCCGACGGCAGACCUAAAGAAGAUCUCAGCACUCCUAACAACAACAAGAAGACAUCCAAGGCAAAAAAAUCACCAAAAUUACCCGACAAACUUGAAUGGCGCGACUCGAAUAUCGUCCUGGUGGACAUGCAGAGUGACACCGAACAAACAGAGCCCCAGAAAAUGCCUGAAGAGUUCAAAUCAAGGAGCGCCUCCGAAGAUUUGGUGACAAUACCACGCGCUGUGCCACAAAUCAUCACAAUAAAGCCCAGGAGCGCAUCGCUUGCCCCAAGCUACUAUCAGAGAGACCUGGACCGGAGCUUAUCACCACCGAGCGGGGAACAGGUAAGCCUGGAUAGGAUCACCUCAGCGGAGCCCGAGAGGAUCAAGAUCAGGCGACCUGAAGCAUUGUCAGCCGGUGUAGUAAGUAGAUACGACUCUGAGACCCUGACACCUCCUCCAACCGCACGCCAGAGGUUAUCCACCCUGGCUCGGAAUCUGUUCAGUAGUGGCAGUGGCAGUGAAGGCGGCGGCAGCAGUGCUGUCUCGCCCAACAGAAGAAGAAAGCAGAAGUUGGCAUCGGCCUCUGCAAGCUCCGAUGGUUCACCGACUCUUUCACCCACAUACAUCAACCAUCUCCCCGUCAAUGGCAGCAGCCUCGCCCCAGGUGGUCGUAUGGACACAAGGAGCAUGACCUUAGGUAGAAUUCCCAAGCGGAACAAAUUGACACCGACAGCACCUACCUCACCACUCGACGUUCCAACAGCAAAAGGCAUGAGACACGAACUGGGCGGCAGCAACAGCAGAAGCGCCAGCGAUAUCUCACUGGACGUCAAUGAUAUAUCUUUGACGCCAACAGUGUCUGCUCCAUAUCCACCUUCCUUUUCACCUGGACAGGUCCGGUGUCUCCUAUUCGGCCAUAGAAGCAGCGAUUCUAGCAGUCCUGCAUCUUCACCCAGCAAGCCGCACACAACACCACCAUCACCGAUGGCAGCCCGUCCCACCUCACAAGAAUUUUCGUCAGUCUACAGCAUGGGUCCACGACCUGUUACUGGUGCACAGCUAUCAUCACAGCCCGUGCAAAUACACACAAUGACAGCAUCUUCACCUAGCAAGCCGCACACAACACCACCAUCACCGAUGGCAGCCCGUCCCACCUCACAAGAGCUUUCGUCAGCGUACAGCACGGGCCCACUACCGGUUACGGGUGUACAGCUUUCAUCACAGCCCGUGCAAAUACACACAAUGACAAGAAGCAGCGGAAGAGACUCAGCUGAUAGAUCUCCAUCGCCGAGUCCUGCUGUCGGACGCAACCGCAGGGCAUGUGGUUCCCUGCCCGCCAUCUCCCCACUACCGACGACAGGAUUGCAUCCUCUGAGUGCAGUGGUACGGCGCUCACUCAGUGACAGCCCUGUUCUCAUCAAACACUCAUCAAGCUUGGACCCAGAAACAGAUGCAUUAUCACGUCCACUGGCAAAUGAACUUGCCGACGAGUUCGACGACUUCUUGACACAGACAUCAACCUUUGCGCCAUGUCAAGCUCACGGGUAACAGGGUCUUCAUCAAUGCGCUCGAAAGCGCUGAUGAACGAAGAAUUGGUAGGGUAUGGUGGGCCCUCUAUCCUCUGCAUGGUCCUCAGAGAAAAGGCAGAUCUAUUUUUGAAGUAAAAUGCAGCAGCUAUUGAUGCUCCUGCGAUGGAAACAUUUGGGUUGCCUGCACAACAAAUGUAUGUAUGGCACUUCAAGUGCUUUCAUUCUAUCACAGCUUGCUUCUCUCAACCAAUGCAAUGCCACUUUUCUUUUCUUUUUGUAACUGUCUCAUUGUUCUAUUGGUUGAUUUAGACUGAGAUCUGAAUUCGCCUAAACUGAUGCAUGCACCCACUGUUGAACUUGAUGCAAUGCAGCUUUCACACUUGAGAAGUUUUAUUAGGUACAUGUACAGGCACAUUAAAACAUCGCAGCUAUAUCCCCCCCCCCCCCCCCCCCACACACACACAUGCACACAGAUACAAUAAUUACAAGACAUUAUUUGAACUGAGAUGUUGCGACUUCAGUGAUUAUUACAGAAUGUGGCUGCUCCUAGUGCUGGAGCUCGCGUUUCCUGCAGCAAAGUGCCAGCCAGUCGGCAGGAAGAGUGAGCGCCUGAUAUUAUUUUGAGAUCAUUAAAUCAUCCACGGUAUUAUAUUAAUAUGGAAUGUACCCUUUAUCCCUCCAAUGUGUAUGCAAAUUUUCAAAAUUGGUGAGCAAUGAAUGGUGUUGGCCGAGAUGGCCUCCGUGCGGAA